UUUUUCGCAUAUUAUGGUGCAUUGUGUGUCUAAUUAACCUUUUAUUGUGGUUUUUGGACGUUUCGUUGGAUAAAAUGUGAGUAUAUUGUGAGGACAUUGCAGAGGUGCGCCACGGCUAGGGAAAUGAUUUGGGGCUUUCGUUCGCUCGACGCACACGCACCGUCAGCUGGUAGGUGGCGUUAGGUGUCAUUCGCGACCUAAGGCCACCAAAACAUGACUUUUUCAUGACUUUCCGGCGCGAUUUUCUCCCCAACGAGCAAUGUUAGAAAUGUGUCCAGUAGAGGCGUAUUAUGGCUCAAUGUCGUUCUAACACAAAGUUGAAGGAUUCCUUGCGGCUGAGAAGUGGAACUAGCUCUGUGAAGGACGACAGCGGCUGCGACCCGAGCCCUGAGGAGCCCUUUGCUGACAGCACCUUGCCCGAGUCAGACGGAGAGGAACACAAGUCCCGGCCAACCUCGACUAUCACUCUCAGGUCUAAAUCCAGAGCUGACAGCCAGUCUGUACCUGAUGUCGGAAGUACGGGAUCGUCUCCCACCACACAUUCCAACAUGAAAACUAAACAGGCUAAAGAUGAGCUGGACAAGAGCAUCGAUGAGGAAACUACUAUAGAACCCAAGACCCGACAGGCCAAGAAGAAGGCCUCUGAUAUCAGCGAAGAGAACAAAGCCAGCCAAGAUGAACCCAAGACAUCCAAAGAAUCUAAAAAAAAUUUAAAACCUAAAGCUGUUGUCAAGAAACGACCGCUGGGGAUUCGGAAAGCCUUGAGAAGCAAAAAAGUUAUCACUACAGCUAAAAGUAAACUCAAGAAUGUUAUAAAACAGACCGCCACUAGAGGCAGAAAGCCUGUGGUGAAAACUGAACCUGAGGAUCCUCAAGACAAGGAGACUGUUCCACUGAUACCUGUUGCUGAAAUCAAGAAGGAGCCUGUUGACGACACAACUCCUAUCUCUAGGUCCUCAAGUCCUAAGACGGCUGGCAGGAAACAGAGACUUACAUCAGAUAAAAUCAUGCUCAAGUCAGUUCUUGCAGAAUCACCCACAAGCCUCUUGGGGUCUCGGACCAGCCCCUACUCCAUGCGCUCCGAGCGCAGCAACAGCCCAUCCUUGGUUGAAAAUAAAAUUGUUAGAAGGGGAAAGCCAAGAAAUGUAAAAAGCAAACUUUUAAAUGAGGUUGUUAUGAAAGAACAGAAUAAGCGACGCAGGCUACUUUCUGAUUCAAAGACUAGCGACACCACAGAUGCCUCCGAAGACUGUAAGAAACUGAAGCGAGGCCGCUCCUGCUCUCGGGAGGGCAGUGAGAUCUCCAAAUGUUCUGACAUCACCGAGUCGGAUGUCAGUCUGAGCGAGACACUCACAGAUGCUGAUGGCAAGGAGCUCAAUAAAAAAUUAGAAAAGCCUAAGACUGAACUAGAUUUAGAUUUUGAAAAUAAUGUACAGAUCUCUAUUACAGAAAAAGUGCCUUCUCUCAUUGAUCCUAAAUUAACAGAUCCUGUAACGGAACCUAGCAGUAACACAAAUGAAAAAAGCAAGAAAAACACGAGCUUAAAAAGAAGUACUUCAUUAGACUCCGACAACAAUAAUAGUAAUAGGCUAAAGUUAGAAAAUUUGAAUUCAUCAGAAGACAAGAAAGGGAAGACUGAUAAAGACACGCUUCUGGACGCCCGUAGUAGUAUACUCAGUAGUAUGUCGAAGACUUUUAACACUAAGGAGGUAGCGAAGAAUUUAAGAAAAGCUAGACGAGGCCGAAAGGUGGCGGCGGCAGCGAGGCCACGCGUUGGCUUCCAGUCGGCCUCGCGACGAGCCUCUGCCGGCCAGGCCGACGACACCGACAAGACCGAGACCCUCGAGACCCUGUCCAAGGAAAUCGACGAUCUCAUCAACAAUUUGGACCAAAAUAUAGACCGCGACCAUGAGAUGGCCAGCGAAACCGCAGAUGAGGUGCAGACCAAAUCAGUCUCCAAGUUUUAUGGCCUAUCUAAGCCACUCGGAGACAACAAUAGCAUCAUCACACCGGAGACACCUGUCAAAGACAAAGAGACUCCUUCCGUAACGACUGACAGCACGCCGUCUAAGACUGAUGACAGUGAAAACAUAAGACUACAUUAUGAAGAAGACUCCCUAGAAAAGGCAGUGGAUGCUAACAAACCAGAAAUCACCUAUAAAGUUAGCUCAGUCGCGAGCAUAGACAAACUCAUGGAUAGAUUGAAAGUUUUUGAAGAAUUUGACAAAAAACGACAGAGGCAGGAGUCUGAAGUUAGAUCGACUGACAGCAAAACGGUUAUGGUUACUAAUGACGUCGUUCUAAUUAACAAAUCGGGAGCAGACAUAAAGCAACUAAAAGACGUGCAUACCGUAAGAUCCCCCGAAAGACCCAUCGAAAAGGAAAAUGUACUGAGCUGUUUUGAAAAUAACUCUGCCAUAUCUAUAGUUAAAAGAGACCAAGUUAGAAAAUCUAUUGAUAUUGACUUACCUAACUCCGUAACGUUGAUAAAGAGGAAUAGUUUUAGUUCAAGAAAAGAAUCUACAAGCUCCAAUCAUUCAAAGGAAUCUGAUGCUAUCAGCAUUUUCGAGAAAUCACUGGGCAAAGAUGUGACGUUGACUGAAAUCAGGAAAUCUGUGGAUAGAUCGGCUCCAGCUACACAGGUGGAUUUACACCAGUUUGCUACCCUGCAUCCUAACAACCCCACAACUAGUCUUAAGGGGGUUGUUUUAGAUACGAGUCAGAUAUCAAUAACGCCUCGUGUGAUGGACUCAAGCAUUCGUAGAUCGAGAGAAUCUUUAUCUCGAAAAACGUCUGAAUCAGUCAUAGAGCCUGAAGAGAAGAUGGCAGUUUUAGAGAAAAUAAAAUCGCCUCCUCCACAGAUUAAAUCACCACCACCGACGCCGAUCGCAGUGGCACCGACGCCGAUCGCAGUGGCACCGACACCGAUCGUAGUGGCACCGACGCCGAUCGCAGUGGCACCGACGCCGAUCACAGUGGCACCGACGCCGAUCGCAGUGGCACCGAAGCCGAUCACAGUGACACCGACGCCGAUCGCACUGGCACCGUCGCCGAUCGCAGUGGCACCGACGCCGAUCGCAGUGGCACCCACGGCGAUCACAGUGGCAUCGACGCCAAUCGUUGUGGCACCGACGCCAGUAGCCGUCAAGUCUCCUGAAGAAAAACCUAUGGAGACUGAAGCCCUCGCGCCCCCUCUAGAAAACGUCAAAAUUGUUCCUGAAGACAUAUCUCUGGCCACUGAAAUCCCGAAAGUUGUUAGCGUUAUACCUGAGAAACCUGCAGAUAUUACUACUACUGAGCAGGCUGAGGCCGCACAACCAGAGCCUGUAAAGCCUGAACCAAUGGUUGAGGACAUCCUCAAUGUCGAAAAAGUAGAAGAGAAAAUGAAAAUCCCUGAGGAAAGUAAAGAAGAAAAAAUGGAAGUUCCUGAAGAAGCUAAGGACACGGGAACUAAAACAGAGACGCCGGUUGAAACUAAACCAUCAGAAAGCAAGCUAUCUGAAUCCGCAGACCUCGCUAAACCAGGCAAGAGUCCGGGUAAAACUAGUAAAUCUGCGCGUAAUUCGACCGAAAGCCAACCGGGCCCCAGCACCAUGCUGCACGAAACGCCUGAAAGCCAAAAACGUAAAGAGAAUGUACUUAGAACUCUUGGUUUAUUGACUCACAAAGCUGCUAAAGAGGCAAAGAUAGAGAAACUUAAAGAAAAACAGCGGAUCGCUAAUAUGAAUGUGAUGAAGAAGUCUAAACAAGGUUCAGGGGACUACACGGGGACGUUGAAGACGGUCAUAAAGUUGAACAGGGGCGGGGCGGAUAGAGAUAAGAAGAAAUACAGGAGUUCGUUGAAGAUGACGUUCCAGAAGAGCAAGAACCGUGCUGGCAAGCCUGCGCCGGAGCCGGGAGACGCGGCGGCCGAGGAUGACGCCUACUACACCAUCGAACGACGAGAGGCCUUCGCCGGAGCCGCAUCAGAGGGUGGGCACAGAAAGUCUUACAGUAAUCGCCUUAACCACGUGGAAGCCGAAGCAGCCCCGGAGCCGGAGCCCAAAGAGACCCUCAACCUGGUGAUCCCGGAGAAGGCCUCCUCAUUCAGCAUCCACCCGGGCCGGCUGUGCCAGGACCAGUGUUUCUACUGCGGGGGCAAGUUUGGGCUGUUUGACACACCCUGCCAUAUCGCCCAGAUGAAGAGCACGGAGAGACAGAAGAAGGUUUUGGACAACGAGGAGCGCCUGACCAUAGACAGCUGCCUGUGCGACGCGUGCUACCGUCACGUCGACCGGCGCGCCAACUGUCCGUCGUACCGCAAGCGGGCCCCUAAGCCCCCGGGACAGCCUCCGCAGCCACAACAAGCAGAGAAGCCGCUGAGUCCGUCGGAGUCGGAGUCGGAGCCGGCGCCGGGCGCGCGCUGCCACGCGGCCGGCUGCGGCGCCGCCGCCGCGCGCUCCAUCCGCCGCAAGUGGCUCAUCAAGAUGCGCACGCCCGUCAGCAAACUGCUGAAACUACAAAGCGACUACCCCGGGCUACAUACCCUCGGGCUAUGCACUGUGCACUAUGCGCUGCUAGCGCCGCUCCUGGCCUGUGCCCUGUGCCGCCGCCGCCUCACCAAGCACCAGCACGUGCACAUCCUGCAGCAGGGCCACACUGAAGUCAACCCCCUGCUGGCGGCGGCGGGCAUCCCCGUGGAGCUCGCAGACAAACCCGUGCUCUGCAAGCUGUGCCGCUACUACACCACGCUGCUGCGCCGCCCCGGCGACAACCCCGCGCACGAGCGCCAGUACCGCCGCAGAUUACUUCAAGUGUACAACAUUGAAGUGCCGCCAGAAUCGGAAAACGAAGGCGAAGACACUCGACUACAGCUCGACGACAGCGCGCGACGCAAGAAAGCGCGCUCCAAGAACAAACGCAAGUCCUCCGACCCCGACCGACCCGACAGCGACUCACGGACCCCCGAACGCAUGGACAGCCCGGAAAAAGACAAAAACCAACCCAAGACACAACCCGACGAAGAGGAUAUAGAAAGCCUCAUAUCGUCCAACAAAAUUCUCGUCCCCAACGCCAAAGGCGCAGAACCCAUGCAGAGCGAUGGCUCAGACCCUGACGGCUUCGACAUGGAUCCCGUCCUGGACAAACAGACCGAACUACAGAUCCUCCUACAGAAACAGAACAACCCCGCACAGUUCAUGCACAACCAGGCCAACUUAACGCAGAAACAGAGAAACAUCUUGAAAGUCCACCAUCUUUCCGGAAUACAGAAACCUGGCUUACAACAGAGGAUAAACGAUAAAAACGCUCGAAGAUUACAUAAGUUAGGACAGAUGAUUGUAAAGCAAGACAAAAAGAAUGACGACUUGGAAAUAUUUGAUCCGGAGAAAUCUAGAGAUGUUAGCAUGAAGAAUUUGUCUAUUAAUGAGGAGUGCACUAUUGAGAGCAUACCGAAUAAGAAACCGGCGGACAUAAACACCUUGAAAAACAAAUGGCAGCAGUCUGAAAGCUUCACCCAAGUUAAGAAAAAUCUGAGUGAGUUGUCGAAGAAACUGACAGUGGAAAAAGAUCCGAAACAGAAAUCUGAGGUGAAAUACUCCAAUCCGGUUAAAAGGCUCGAAACGAAUCCGUCUAUUUCAGUUCGAGAACUAUUUCCGGGUGAGGAGGAGAUGAAUCUUCAGUGCAACAUAGAGUUCGGGAACGUUAAAGGAGUAACACCCGAAGGCUGGGAGAAAUGCAGCACCACAAUACAGUAUGAUGUAGAAACAAAGAAGCUAUGGAACGAUCUCCAAAGGCCGUACGGGAAUCAAUCGAGCUUCCUGAGACACUUAAUUCUUUUAGAAAAGUACUUCAGAAGCGGGGAUUUAGUCCUAGCGCAUAACGCAUCCGCAAACGCCGCGAAUUACAGCGAUUCGGUCCAAAGCAGACUUCGGGCUUACGAUAACGUCGUAAACGACGCUCCUAGGAGAAGCGAGCCGUCUAUCAGUCUGAUAGAAUUCAGGAAGAAGCCAGCUGUGAACGGUAAAAGCUUGCUAAAGACCAAUCAGAGCAUGGAAGACAAGGAUCCGAAGAAGUUCAUGCCGCCGCCGCCGGCGCUGCCCAAACCCAAGCCGAAGGAGAAGAAAUCCAAGCCGCUGCCUCCGGAGCUGAUAGCUAUUAACACGCCUAACGCUCAGGGGAGGAAAGCGAUACAGAAUGUUCUUCACAAUAUACAGCAGUUAGUAAAGGGUGUUUCCGCGUCGGAUCCGACCGAGGUAGCGGCGUCGCCUGUGCCGGUGCCGGUGUCUAUGUCUGUGCCGGUGACUAUGUCUGUGCCGGUGUCUAUGCCGGUGCCGGUGGCGGCCACCACGCCGGACAAGAAGAAGGAGGACAAGCCGCAUACGCCGAAGAAGCAGAAAACUACGAGCAAGCCGUGGCGGCCGACGCUCAUGCCUAUUACGCCGGAAAACGUCGCUCGAGCGGCCCGCGAGCCAAUCCAGACGGCGGUCGACGGCCGGCGCCUCCCCAGCCUCGUCAAAGUGAUGUCCUCCGGCAAGCAGUACCACAUCACUCUGCAGGACUACAACAAGAUGUGCGUCAUGCGUCGCGAGAAGCUCCAGCAGCUCGGCCACGACGAGAAACCCAAGAAACCGGAGACGGAGACAGUAGUCACCGAGGUCCAGACCUCGGCCAUGCUCGGAAACGGAGGCACCGUAGUCCAAAACAUCACAGAAUCGGAGAAGCUAGAUUUAACGCACGGGUCGAACGCGGCGACCAUCCUGAAGAACGUCGGCCUGAAGAAUAUAACUAUAGCCCCGAUCACGCCUAAGACGGCCACGGUGACCUCCCAGACGUUCCCAGCACCGGUGGUAACUUCUCCGUCGCUCCUGGUCACGUCUACGCCACUGAAACUGCCUCAGCUAGGCCCGGCAGUGUCUAUUACUAGCGAAACUGUCCUACCGAGUCUGCCUAUAAUAGCAUCCAGCCCGAUGAUAAUGCCAAAAAUCCCCAAGUCGCUAACUGUGAUACCGCAGUCGCUGAGCGUGAGUGCGCACGCGCACGCGCACAUGCCCGGCGUCAUGAUGUCGGCGCCGACACCCGACACGCGCCCAUAACGAAGCCUGAUCUUCCUGCUCAUGUAGCGAGCGCCCGCGGCUCCGAGCGUGGCCGACAGUGAACUUAGUGAGUGACAGUGUUUAGUGAGAGCCGGACGACAGUGAACUUAGUGAGUGACAGUGUUUAGUGAGAGCCGGACGACAGUGUCGCGGCGACACCGUGAAGCCUUAUAAUUAUACCGUGUACAUAUAGUUAAGUGGACUCGACGGCGGUCGUGUUAAAUAUAUCAUAUUAAUCUCGAUUAUAAGCUUUGUUUUUAUUUGCGCAAAUGAUGCGAACCUUUAACCGAUGCUGGUUUCCUUCUAAAUGCUGAUUGAUUAAUUUAUUAAUUGUACUGAAGUCGGACCGAGAUAACGUCUCGUCACAUUUGCACGUCUGUGCUAUAAAAAUCGCUGCAGAGUUAUCUUGGUCUGAAUGUACAAGAUAUCAGGGAUGUUGGAGUAGGUUAGAAUACUGAUUGAAAUGGAAUGUGAUGCCUCGAAGGCAAAAUGUCGCUUUCGGAGCGCAAAAUAUAAAAUAAUUGAUUUCUCUGUUGAAUUUUCUCUAGUAUGUAUUUACUAUAUUUUUAUACGGAAAUUUGUCUCCUUUUGAUUGAUCCUUAAUCAUGUUGAAGCUUACGGGCCCUGACCGGUUAGUAGGCUAGAUGUAGAAAUGGCAUUUCGUCAGGUGACAACCAAAACUCACUAAUUACUACCACAAGUUAAUAGCCAUCAAAACUCACUAAUUACUACCACAAUUUAAUAGCCAUCAAAACUCAUUAAUUACUACCACAAGUUAAUAGCCAUCGAAACUCACUAACUACUAGCACAAGUUAAUAGCCAUCAAAACUCACUAAUUACUACCACAAGUAGCCAUAGUGAACCAUAUUAAUCCCUAAAUAAGGUUGAUUUUCGUUAACUUUUUUAGUAAUUAGUGAGUUUUGGUUGUCACCUGACGAUUUAUAUUUAUUAUCAAUUUAUGAUUGCAACUUUAGGGUAAACGGGCCAGCUACUGACAAUCAAAGUGAUAUUACUGACUUAGCUGGAUUAUAGGCUCUCCUGCCUUGUGAUAAGAUUUAAUAUUCUUAAUGGAAACAGUAGGGCUGUUUACCCUACCUAUUUAUGUUGGAAGCCUACAAAAAGACUUAAAUUGUCUAGUCGGCUGGUAUUGCAUUUAUAAAUUAUUGCGGCCGCGUCCUCGCACUCGUAUCAUUUGCGCGACUAUGGACUGUAUGUAGCAUUACUAUAGUUCGAAUUUUCACUGAAGCAUAUUUUUCCAUUGUUGUAAUAAAUCCUGUUUUAUGCAGACUAAUUCACAUGUAUUCAUAGCGUAGCGUAUAGCACUAAAAAUCUACCAAAAAAAAAAAGUUAUGGUCCACGUAUUUAUGGUUUCAGUACAGUGUAUUAAGGAAACUAUAUUUUAAAAUAAUGUUUUAUUUUUAUCGAAUUGCAUAUUUUUAAGGGUAUCGUAAUUCAUUGGUCCGCUUAAUCACAUAACCUAAUUUUAUAUUAGCUUACAAUUAAUUAACAGAUUUGUUAGAUACGGAGCAGUGCCUCGACCUGUAAUAUCGCACUGUACAUAACCACCACACAGAAUGGAUAGUUCCGACAAUUUUUAUAUUAAAAGCUCGUGUUGAGAAUAAAAUUGUAUGUUAAAAAUACUUAUAUAUAUUGUUGAGAAUUAGUAGUACAUAUUUUAUUUUUGGUCCAAUGACAUAAAGGUCCAAUGUUAUCGAUUAGAUGUUGUACUGUAUGGAAGCGUCUGCUGAGGCGUCGGCCUCGAUCAAUAAAUGCUCAUGAUGAUAUUCUUGUAAAUCUGACCUGAUUAUUUCACCUGACACCUAAAUUAUUUUCCUUGAUAACACCUAUGGCACGUACCAAAACUCGAUUCAAUUCAGUUAAAAUAUUAUUUAUUCGAAUAGGCCUAGCAAAAAGCACUUUUAAAUUUUAUUAUUUAUCGAUACCUAUUAAAACAUACAAAAAUGUAUAAUAAAGAUGUAGAUGUCAUUUAAAGGAAUAUUGACCUACAUUCAAGUUUAAUAACUAAUAUUGAACAUAAAUAAGUUAUUUCUUUUUGCGCUGAAAGUAAGAACUAAAGCAAAUUAGACUUAACAUACAAACAAUACAUGAUUUAGAAUGUCUAUGCAUGAUAAAAGUAAAGGUAAGGUUUUAAUUGUAUUAAUUGGCAAAAUAACUCUAAAAAACAAAAUCGAUUCUGAUUGAUAAUCAACGAUCUUAAUUUUUCGUAUCGAAAUUUACUUAAUAAUUAAACAUUACAAAGUUCUAAGAGAUAAGGAUACUAAUACUCUUAACUAAAAUGUAAGGGGAUCUUUCUCACGUUUAUAAAGCGCUAACGUAUUUAACCUAAAAGAUCUGAUACCUCUCUAAAAGAUAAUGUAAGCGUAAAAUCGAAUUAUUAUUAUAGUGAUUCAGAAUUGUAUUUCGUUUCAACUUCCAUUGUCACGCAACAUACAGGGUGGCUAAAAAUAAUUGCAUUCCCGUUGCCAGGGAGGUUUUGGCAUUAUACUGAGCAACUUUUACUAUACUCCAAUCCCGAAAUCGCCAAAAAAAUUUCGCUGUUUCAUACAUUUUGGCUGGUCCAUUUUCUAUGGGAGGUUUUUUUUUUUGCAAUUUCCUGGUAGGUCCCAAGGCCCCAUAGUGAAAGUUGCUCAGUAUAAUCCCAAAACCUCCCUGGCAACGGGAAUGCACUUAUUUUUUAGCCACCCUGUAAUGUCUUAUCUUUCUAAAGUGGUGAGAAGUAUUGAAGCUGACGUUGAUGGCGCUGUAUGGCGCCAUACGUUUUCUGAUAAUUUAAAUUUGCACUACUUUACGCGUCUUUAGUAUUCUUGUCUAUAAAAAGAUAUUUUUUUGCAUGUAUUGUGCUUCCUUUUUCUGAAAAAGUAUGGUGAAAAUGACACAAGAUAUUUUUAUGACAUCCAUAUUUGGAUACGUUGUGAUACUAUGCCUACGCGCCUUUUCUUUUCUUUCUAAAUUUAAAAACAAAGACUCCUCAACAGACGCAUUCCAUGUUAUGGCGUAAUUACAUAAGUCCGGUCGUUUUAUGUGGUCAUGAUAACGGUGACUGGUGGCCUAGCGGUAAAAGCGUGCGACUUUCAAUCCGGAGGUCGCGGGUUCACACCCCGGCUCUUACCAAUGAGUUUUUCGGAAUUUAUGAAAUAUCAUUUGAUUUUUACCAGUCGCUUUUCGCUGAAGGAAAACGUGAGGAAACCGGACUAAUCCCAACAAGGCCUAGUUUCUCCUCUGGAAGGACAGAUGACAGUCGCUUUCGUAUAAACGCCAAUUCUAGGAUUAGUUGCCAAGCGGACCCCAGGCUCCCAUGAGACUAAUACUCAUAAAUCUCAGUCCCUUUCUAAAGAUAUAAGUACCUACCCUACCAUAGCUGAUAAAGCUAAUAGACCAUUCGUACCUUCGUAUUACAUUCGUGCCCAGUAAGAACAAAAAUUUGACAGUUCCGAACAACUGACAGGUCAAUAUCGUCCGGCGGACUGGUAAUCAGUAGGCCCCUUUACAACGAGUUAAGGCCCAAUGGUGAACGGCAAUUUAAGUGUGUAGCUGCUAUAGGUAGCUCUUAUCUUGUUUUUUAAACCUUUUUUCAUGACGCGAACCCCAUGAACUGCCUAUAUGAGCUUUGACCCCACAGACCACAGCUUAUAGGCACAGUGAUACCUUGUCACACACAAUUUAUAACCUAAAACGAAAAGUACUGUGUUAAGAUGCCAGGUGUCAACGUAGCCAAGCUGUAUACAAACGAAUUCGAAAUUUAUAAUAACCGGAUUAUAACCGUGUCAAACAUCGCAAACGACCAGACCAAUGUAAUCGAGUCAUCAGCGAGCGAAUAACUGGACGCUCGAGCGGGCGGCAAGCGUCAAGCAAAGUACACUCGCAUACAUUUGCAUAUGUUACAAACGAACGCCGCCCGCUCCGCUCGAGCUUUCACUCGGUUCGUGCUACUAGUAUUAGUAUUUGGAAGUUCCGACUACACGAUCCGUUGCUCAGGCCACCACGGACGCUCUUCCAAAGAUAUCGUGGUAGGUUAUCAUAUUUUGUUUAGUUUAUUUCGGCACUGCCGGAGGUAUGAAUUUGUCUAAUAAACAUAUCCUUAUCUCAUGAA